CUCGGUUUCGCCAUCUGAGGCUCGGGUUCGACGCCGUGGGGCUGCUGUGUGGCGUGGCGCACUUGGGCUCGGUUCGGACAGAAAGAGGAGCGGACCGAAGCGGUUCCGUCGCUUUUCCCGACCGUAGUUCGCUUCAGGGGGUAAUUAGAGCGGAAAACUACCGGAACUGGAACUUUUUCCACUGUGUGAGAAACUUUUUUCAGAGCCAGAAACAUGGCAGACAGCGAGGAGGUCUCUUCCAGCACCCCCCUGUUCAGCGAGGGCCACCAUUACCAGCCCGAACCGGAACCAGAACCCCAGCUGGACCAAAGGCCCGGCGAGGAACGGUUCAAUCCCGAUGACAUCGUGGACCUGGUCGGCGGGGCUCAGGACGCCCUGGAGCGGCACCGGGCUGAGGAGGAGAGCGGGCUGCAGGAGCCUACUGUGACCUCCACCCGACCAGAACCUGUCCGGGAGCCAGAACCAGAACCAGUCCGGGAGCCAGAAACAGAACCUGAACCAGUCCGGGAACCAGAACCAGAACCUGUCUGGGAACCAGAACCUCAAACUGUCCGGGAACCAGAACCAGAACCUGUACAAGUUUAUGAGCCAGAACCGGUACCAAUCAGAGAACCACAACCUGAGACAGUGUUUCUACAGGAAAAUAUGCCAGAACCUUUUAAGGAACCAGAACCAAUGCUGCUGCAGAAAAGUGUUCCGAAACCGGAACCAAUAAAGGAACCAGAACCAGAACCCCAGGCCCCGAAGGAGGUCGUGGCCCCCGGAGCCGAGGCGGGGAUCCCCGGCCCGGCCCCCCCGGCUGAGCCUCCUGCCCCGCAGAGCGACGCCCUCCUCGCGGCUGCAGCCCGGGAAGCAGCGCCAUCCCCGGCAGAGGCAGCAGCGCAGCCCGCGGUGACACAGGAACCACUGGCUCCGGCUUCGUAUGCAUCUUCUCCUGCUAAAGCUCAGCCUCUUCUUCUGAUGCAGCUCCCUACAGAACUUGGGCAGAAGGGUGACUCCCCUGCACCCAUCUCUCCUAUCUCCCCUCUCCACUCACCCGACUCUCUGGAAGAGCUUUCUCUGACCGAGAGUCCCAACCAGCCCCCUGCCCCAGGAUCUGCUGCACCCCUGGGCUCCUUCUCCAUCACACCCCCCACUAUUCUCUCCAAGAAUAUGCCUUGGGAUGGCGAAGAAGGCGACUCUGGACCCGGACGUGGUAAAACCAAGGAAGACCUUCUAGAUUCCCUAGCUGCUCCCUACCUGAGUUUAGGCAAAGACUCAGGGCCUCAUAAUCCGUGUGAAGACAGCGGCAUUUCGUUUUCCCCCGAAGAGAAGAUGAUUAGCUCAGACAGGUCCUCCACCGGCCCCUCCCCUGUCAACCCUCUGAUGAUGGUUCAUGAGUCUCACCUUACCUCCUCUAACCCAACAGAGCACUGGGAUUCACCGUUCCUCUCAUCUGAAGACAACUCCAAAGUCUCCAUGGAUUCCUUCACCAAGGACACAACACCCAUUAGCUCCUCCAAAUAUGAACCAGACGUUUGUGGCAACCAGUCUGAUGAAGAUGAAGACUUGAAUUAUGAGGUAAAGAAGAAUAAUAACCCGUUUGACGGAUAUUCCCCGCUAGCCGACAGUGGCUACUCCCAUUUUGGAGAACCGAAGUCUGACACCAAGAUGUCAGAGAGUCCCACACCAGAUCUGGUCCAGUACAGGCAGACUGGAGAGUCCCAGGAGAACCAACCAUCCAUCCUAGACGGGGGAAAACUUUUCGAGAGCACUAAGACGGCCAGUGAAGCCCUCUUGGAGUCAAUGAACCAGUUCUCAUCUGGUCUGAAAGAAGAUGAUGAGGAAGAAGAUGAAGAGGAUUCUGCUUUGCCACCGUCGCUUCCAGACAUCCUGAAGUCUUCCCCUCUCAACCCUGACAAAGUGGACUCUGGCUCUUCUGAGGGAAGUCCGGAGGAGCAGAGCCCCAUCCUGGAACGCCGGAUGAUGGAGUCGCCCAACCCUCCGAUCAACCUAUCUGCGAACAACCCGUUUGCUUUUGAUACCAAAGUGUCUCUCCUGAAGGAGAUGACCGAGGAGAUGGAGGCGAGAUCUGCAGAUGGUACAACCGUUGAAGACAGCAAAAACUUUGGAGCCUUUGAUCUGGUCAAGGAGGCUGAGGAGACCACACCGCCGAAGGUCAAAGCAGAGGAACCUGUCCAGAUUGAGCAGAAAGACUGGUUCUCCAGCAACGAUUCUCCCAAAAGGCCUGAAAGGUUUGAACCGCUUGACUUUCAGAGCAAGAAGACCACCACCGAAGAUUCAGACUCUGAGUCUCCGACCGCAGAUUCCCUGUCGCCUGUUCUGGAGGCCAUGGCCAAGAACCCUGCCAGCUUCCAGAUAGAAAUUGAGAAGAAAGACCUGAAGAUGGAGCUGGAGGAGCCGGAGGUUGCUGAGGAGGUGUCUGAGCACGAGGUCUCCUCAGAGGAGUUUGAGUUCAUUGAGCGACCGCCCCGAGGUGUGAUCGAUGAGUUCCUCGAGGCUCUGGACCCCUCCAAGUUCUCAUCCCCGAAGCCUCCAGAGAUCCCCCUGGAUGAUGACCUCGGCUUCAGCCUGAAGGACACGCCUGCCAUCACGGUUCCUGAGCCAGAAGCCCUUAGCCAGAGCUCCUACCACCUCCUCACCCAGGCCUCAACACAGAAGACCAAGGCCGAGCUGGAGACGCCCCCGAGCCAGGCGCCACCCGCCCGCCUGCCGGCCGGGAACCCCGAGCAGCCGGCCCCCCAGAGGAGCGCCGCGGGCAGCAAACUGUUUAAGAUGCCAAACCUGAACAUAAGAGCAGUGGUGGAGCUGGUGUACUGGCGCGACGUGAAGACGACGGGCGUUGUGUUCGGCGCGGCGCUGCUGCUGCUGCUGUCGCUCAGCGUCUGCAGCAUCGUCAGCGUCUGCUCCUACAUCGGCCUGGCGCUGCUGUCCGUCACCAUCUGCUUCCGGAUAUACAAGGGCAUCCUGCAGGCCAUCCAGAAGUCCGACGAGGGACACCCCUUCAAGCUGUACCUGGACCAGGAGGUGGCGCUGUCCGCGGACCUGGCCCACAAGUACAGCGACGUAAUUCUGGAGAAGCUGAACUGGACCAUCGAGGAGCUGAGGCGUCUGUUCCUGGUGGAGGACCUGGUGGACUCCAUCAAGUUUGCGAUUCUGAUGUGGAUCCUGACCUACAUUGGCGCCUUGUUCAACGGACUCACUCUGCUGAUCCUCGGUCUGGUCGGAGCGUUCAGCUGCCCAAUCAUCUAUGAGAAACACCAGGCUCAGAUCGAUCACUACCUGGCGCUGGUCACCAACCAGGUCAAGGAUAUUGUGGAAAAGAUUCAGGAAAAGGUUCCCGGACUGAAGCGUAAGGCGGAGUGAAAGAACGGGAGGUCAAAGGUCGGAUUCAGGAAGUCCUGAUGGGAAGGGGAGGGGGGCUGGAGGAAACGAAAUGAAGGAGGAAGAGGAGGGUGAGGGGGGUAAUGAAGGAGGAAGAGGAGGAUCAGGUGGGCGCUGCCCUUAAUGAUGUAUUUGUCAGAUUAUUAAACUUUUUAUUUUAUUUUUUUUCCAUUUCAGAAUUCCUUAUUUUGUGUUUCUGAGAAUCGUUCAGUGGCUUUGAUGAUGAUGAUGAUGAUCAUCAUCUCUGUUUUAUUUCUGUGAACCAAUCAGAGUCUCGGAAACAUUUUAAAGCUGGUUGGCCCCGCCCCCUUCCCCUCAGCCUGUCACAGGCAGCAGGUUGGGGAGGGGCUGCUGUGAGGAAGAGGAGGGGCCUGCACUAAACCCUUCAUCGCUGCUCGGUAGCUGUAGAACCAUGUAGAACAAUCCAUUACCCUGUUAGAUCAUCGUCAUCCCGCUGUCUCCUAGGAAACGGCCGGGCGUUUCCCUCCGCCAGGUGUUGUUUCCAGGUGAGGUGGGCGGAGCUUAAAGCGUCUGUUUGUUCUGCUUCUUUAAUCGUGAAUGAUAAACUUCUUCUUCUUCUUCACCUGUGCUGAUUAAACUCCGCUGGAGUCGUGUUGUGGAAUGCAUUGUGAGAUGUAAACAGUUAUCAAUAAAGCUUCUAGACAAACUACCAGAACCA